AUGCCCUUCGUUGGAGAAGACGCCCACGCAGGACGUAAGCGACGAUGGAGCGACGACAAUGAGCAGCCCAUCUUGUCUCUAUACCCUUCAGAGGAGACCAAGGACUAUUAUAUCCUCGACCAACGGCCGGACUCAGCCUUACGAAAGGUCCUCCCAGGUUCGAAGCGAACCCGUAUUGCCGGCGACGAUAUUCACGUUACAGACGGUCUCAACGCUUCCAGUUUCUCUUUCAAUACCCCUCACCGCCGACGGCGCUCAUCGCAACUUAAGAUGCUGCCGGUGCAGCCCGCCUUUGCCAUAUCUCGAGUGACAGGCUCGCUGCUUGUUCCCUGUAACAUCUGCCACCGCAAACCAACCAAGAAAUCUGAUCUAGACUCCUUCGCCAAUUGUGAGGGCUGUGGUGAGCGCACUUGCUUCAUUUGUAUUAGAGAAUGCCAUGGCUGGAAUCUGGGUGGUGGCUCUGGUGUCUCGGAGCAAGAAGUACUUUCAAGGUCGUUCCACAUGGAUGAUGUUGAUGAUAGACAGCAACAAGAACAUAACGAUACGAAGAACGGAAAACGGCAAACGGACAAAGGAUGGAAGGCUGUUGGCCACCAGGCUGUUGUUUGCAGUCGGUGCAGCAUUGAGUGUGGAGCAGAAGGAGACGUCGCAUGCUUGGGCUGCUUCUCCCGGAUGGAAGGAUCAUGA